UGACGUUUAUGCUACUUGCGAUAUCCGUCGCCAUCCGUCUUGUACGUUGGCUUUACCGAUUAACUCGAGGUUUAUAACCACGUUAUAGUUGUCGGCGGCUACUUCGGCUUUGGAUUGAAAGGGCAGAACCGGCUGGAAGCGGGAGGAUACAGCGCCUGAGGAGAGGCCGGAGGGUUCGCCUUACACCGAGGCAGCAGCGCUUGGUAUACACGCGAAAGCCGCUCUCCGGUUGCCUAUCUCAGGACCUGUACUCUUCUCUUGCCUAGUCAUGGCUUGCGGGGCCACCCUGAAAAGGAAUAUCGACUUCGACUCUCUGCACAGCCCGGGGGCCUCCGCCAAGAGGAGGAGAUGCGCCCCGAUGUCUCCAAGCAGCUCUUCGCCGCAGAAAUACCUUCGCUUGCAGCCUUCGCCCUUCGGAGAGGUAUCUUCCCGGAUCACAGCAGAGCAAAUUCUGCAGAACAUAAAACAAGAAUAUAAGCGUAUGCAGAAGAGAAGACUUUUAGAGAACAGCCUUCAGUCCCCGGAGCCGUGUUGCUCCGCUGAGUUACAGUACAGUCCUUUUGUCUCUGCUGGGCCGAGUGUUCCUGGGACAUCGGCAAGUUCGCCACUUCUGCGGAAGGAGCAGCCAUUAUUCACGCUGAGACAGGUUGGCUUGAUCUGCGAACGUCUUCUGAAAGAACGCGAAGAGAAAGUUCGUGAAGAAUAUGAAGAAAUUCUUUCUGCCAAACUAACAGAACAAUAUGAUGCUUUUGUGAAGUUCACACAUGAUCAGAUUCUGCGACGGUAUGGAGAACAGCCUGCUAGCUAUGUUUCAUAAGUGACUCCUUUCUUGGCUGCUGUUUUCCUGAAUAGCUGUAUUGAUAGUAAAGAACUGCGACAGAGGAAUAACCCCCCUCCCCCGUUCUCUGUGAACACAAGUCACUUCAAGCUUUUGUCAGAGACCACCACUCUAAUGCUUCAGCAGCCUUUUUUUUUUCUUUUUUUGAGUAUUUCUGAUGCCUGCAUCACCCGGAUCUAUGCUACCUUGCUUCAUCAGUGAAAUCUGGCGUCCUUUUUUUUUCUUCGUCUUUUUUUAAAUUGGAUAAAAACUUGUGUUCGGGAAUAUGCCCUUUUGCUAGAUGUGUAAAUAAAUCAAAUUAGGAUGACAUUCUUGACUGCACUACAAAAAAAAAUGAGAAAUUCGUGGGACUGUUUUAAAGCGACAUCAGCAUUUGACUGUGGAGGGGUGGGACAUAUCUGUAUUAAUGGACUUUUUUUUUUGUGGGGGAGCUAUGAAUACGUUUGGUUUUUUUUUUUUAUUUUAAAUUUUGUAGUUUUAUUUAUUCUAUUCGUCUUUAACAAACAUUUAAUGCAUUUUUCCAUAUUUCAUUGUUUAACUGCCUUGUAGUACUGGAAUUUAGUUGGAAAUAAAAAAAAAAAGUCAAAACCCU